UUUGUCUCAUCUCUCUGAAACUCUUCUUCAAAAAGUCCCUAUACAAACCCGUCUCUCUCUCUCUCUCUCUCUCUGUGCACAUCUACACGCACAUAUAUACAUGUUCUAGGGUUCUGAUUCGAUUUCAUUUUGUAUAUUCAUCGAUUUCCUCAACUGGGUCUCAUCGUUUUUCGUCAUCAAGAUGCUCCAAUUCAAGACUAUGAAGAAGAAAAUGUGGAUGUUCUCUCUUUGAUCUCUUCUCACAAACAAUCCCACUUGUCUUCUUUCGCGUUAUGGAAGGUAUGACCACACACACAACCACCACAACAUCACUACCCACUUCUCAUAAACUCAAUUUUCGCCUUCGAAUCCUCUCUUUCUGGUUCGCACCCACCACUCGCCCUCCUGGUGUCGACGAUCCUUAGAGUUAUAUUGCUAAUUUCUAUACUUUUAUACUCUGAAUUAUAUUGAAAUAUGAGUUUAUAUUCUUGGAAAUCGAGCAAUUCUGGUUUUGGGUCCAAUUGUUUGGGGAUGUUUGAGAAUUUAGGUGGGUUUAGUGAGAAUUGGGGAGGUGGGUCGAUGUCGCUUUCGCAAUCUUUGGUGUUGGAUCGUGAAGGGGGUGAGCUUGUGAAGACUCCACCAGUGAGAGUUGGGAAGAAAAGUGGGGCUUCAGAGGAGAAAGUUAUGGCUGCUUUGAAGAGUCAUAGUGAGGCAGAGAGGAGGAGGAGAGAGAGGAUUAAUGCUCAUCUCGCCACGCUUCGCGGCCUCGUGCCUUGCACUGAAAAGAUGGACAAAGCUACAUUGCUUGCGGAAGUUAUAAGCCAAGUGAAACAACUGAAGAAAACUGCAACGGAAUCCAGUAAAGGUUUAAUUAUUCCGAUGGACGCUGACGAGGUAAGAGUCGAGCCCGAGCCAAAUACCGAGGGAGACAAAAAUAUUUCAUUGAGGGUAUCUCUCUGUUGCGAUUACCGGCCUGAACUUCUCUCCGAACUCAAGCAAGCUCUUGAUGCCCUUCAUCUGAAUAUGGUGAAAGCAGAUAUAUCGACCUUGGGAAGCCGAGUGAAAAACGUUUUAGUUUUCACCAGCAGGAAAGACACAAAUGGGGACAAUGCUGAGGCGUGCCAACUCCUCGUGAACUCUGUUCAUCGGGCUUUGAGCAGUAUCAUAGAUAAGGGUGCUGCCACGACAGAGUACUCGCCAAGAACUACACUUCCAAACAAGAGGCGGAGGAUUUCGUUGUUCGAUUCUUUGAGCUCGUCUUCACAAGAGUAGAUAUUUUGGCAAGUGGUGAUAGGGGUUGGUUGGUGUAACCUGUCGAACUGCAUAUUACUUUUUUUUGAAAAUCUGUGUUUAAUGCAGUUUUUGUUUAUAACUUAUAAUGCAAAAGUAAUUUAAAUAAAUUGGAGAAAGUGACUAUUGAGUAGGGAAGUGAGAUUUUUACUUUCUAUUGUCUAAUUAUCAAUGUUUAACUUGGUUGAAGCCUUUGUAAUGUACAGUACUUUAUAACAUAAAAAAGGGGGUGUGCUAAGUGUUAUUUGGCGUAAUUGUUUCUAUGCAUUA